ACGCAAACCACACAGGCAAAUACAACGGAUGAAACUUCCAACUCCAGCAAGACCGGUAACACGACUGCAGAUCCGACAUCAAGAGAAACAGCACCAUCAAACCGGACGGCGACGGCUACGCAAACUGCAAAGCAAAAUACAACUGUGGAAGCCUCAAACUACACCGAGCCUGUUAACAUGACCGGAGGCGUAAACAUAUCUGUCAGGGUUUACUUCUUCUACGAUUUCGAAUUUGAAAUGCAAGCAUACAACCGGGACCAAGGAGACUGCAAAGAAAUAAAGAAGUAUCUCCAAGCGCUGUUAGCGAGCGCUGAACUUCGCUUCCAGCACCUCAAGAAUGGCACACUGACAUUUCUGUUUGCGGGGCUUAAUUUACUGAAAUUUCACGAAGCCUCACAGAUCAGGGAGGUGCAAGGGGAGUCGUUAACGGUUUCAACACUUUACAAGUUCCAACGAUUCAUACAGGAAAAAUAUAGACGAUUACAUCAUUCAACGGACAUAUUUGUCUAUAUUUCAAACCGCACCAUGAUUUCGGAAUUCGACAGUACGAAUGCAUCUUUCGGAUACGCCUACCAGUCCGGGAUCUGCACGGGAAACAACGUAGCAGUGGUGCGGGACAGCGCUGUUAGUUACACCGGUUCUGCUGCAUUGGCACAAAAGAUCGCACUGCUGCUCGGAGCUUCGUGGGAUGUGAACAGUACAACCCCGGGAUGCAUGAGAGAAGACGGUUAUCUCUUGUCUACAGACAACGGCACUUCAAAGCACUACAACAUGUCGAAGUGCAGCCAGGAAACUAUGUUUGGGAAUAUUACGUUGAAAAGAAAUAAAAGUGCAACGUGCCUGAGUAAAGCCGGCAUGCUUCCAUGGAAAUAUCAACUCCCGUCAGCAAUGUUCACGAGCCGAGAAUACUGCAGAAGCUUCUACUAUACUAAUCCCUACGUCCAGGACUGUUCGAUAGAGCAGCGGUCAACUACUUAUCUCCCGGAUUGCCAGGUGUGCUGUUCCAACACGACUCUUCUUUAUGGGCCGGUAAUUAGCACCGUUGCUCCGGAUGGAAGAAAAUGUGGUGGGAAUAAUCAAAUCUGCAUCGGAGGGGAAUGCGUCAACGACCCUCGAGUGCCCGUGACAUCGGCCAACGAUAGCGCCAUUUGAGCGGUGACAACGACAUAUGUAUUGGUAUUAUGUACAUUACAACACCAUCCCAUAACGGACGAUCACCUGCACAGAAACCUGUGACGGCACCCGGACACCAUUUGAUUAUCAUGUUGCGAAAAUUGUGCCUUCAGUAAAUGCAUGCCAUUCAGAUCAAAAAUAAAGUUAUAUUA